UCUUUCUAACGCCACGUUCUUCUCGCUCGCGCGCUGUCAAAAGCAAGAAACAAAAAUAAAAAAAGUAAACUGCGGGCUGGUUCGGGUUUAUUUUUCGGUAAAAAUUUCACAGAAAAAUGGAUUCCGAAGACGCAGCACAAACAAUUUUCGAUUCGGCGUCCUCACUGGUGGAAGGCUGCCGGUUACCGGUGAAAAUGAGCGGGACUAACGAUUGGCCACUAGCAGAAAUCAUCAGCAUUAGGGAGGGAUCGGACCGGAAAUGCUAUUACUACGUACAUUAUGUAGAUUUUAACAAACGAUUAGACGAAUGGGUAACGGAAGAGUAUCUGGAUAUGCGCAAAGUACAGUUCCCCCGCAAAGACGGGAUGACGACGGGACAGAACACCGGUGUGACGACACCGAAACGAUUACCUCCCGCCCUUACCUGCUCCCGACCUGCCAGUCCCGUCCAAACGCCGGAAAUUACGGUAAACGGAGGUGCCGUGCUGGAGGCGGCGCUGCAGAAAAAAAUCAGCCGCAAACGCAAAGCGACCUCCACCGAAAACGAAGACUCGGAAGAUGUCCCAUCGACGCCGACCCCGCGCCAAUCGGGCAGCAUGGUGGCGCACCACGACGAUGUGGUGACGCGGAUGAAAAACGUGCAGUUAAUCGAGCUCGGUCGGCAUCGAAUCAAACCCUGGUACUUUGCACCAUACCCGCAAGAAAUGUGCACCAUGUCGUGUAUCUACAUCUGCGAGUUCUGUCUGAAGUACCGCAAGAGUCGCAAAUGUCUCGAGCGUCACACGAAAAAGUGCAACCUACGGCAUCCGCCCGGGAACGAGAUCUAUCGCAAAAGCACGAUCAGCUUCUUCGAGAUCGAUGGGAGGAAAAACAAAAGCUACGCUCAAAACCUCUGCCUGCUCGCGAAGCUGUUUCUCGAUCAUAAAACGCUCUACUACGACACGGAUCCAUUUCUGUUCUACGUAAUGACCGAGUACGAUACGCGCGGGUUCCACAUCGUCGGGUACUUCUCGAAAGAGAAGGAAAGCACUGAAGAUUAUAACGUAGCGUGCAUAUUAACUAUUCCACCGUACCAACGAAAAGGUUACGGAAAGCUACUAAUAGAAUUUAGUUAUGAAUUGUCCAAAUUCGAAGGGAAAACGGGUUCACCGGAGAAGCCAUUGUCCGAUUUAGGUUUACUGUCGUACCGCAGCUAUUGGGCGCAAACGAUACUAGAAAUAUUAAUCCUCCAAAAGCCAACAGGAGACAACGAAAAACCACAAAUAACGAUAAACGAAAUAUGUGAACUAACCAGUAUAAAGAAGGAGGACGUCAUCUCGACGCUGCAAAUACUGAAUCUAAUCAACUACUAUAAGGGCCAGUACAUCAUCUGUAUCAAUAAGGAAACGAUUGAGCAGCACAAAAAGGCGAUGGAGAAGCGAAAGAUUCGCAUCGAUUCGAAGUGUCUCCACUGGACGCCCAAGGAUUGGUCGAAGCGAUCGAAAUGGUAAAGCGCCAAUUAGUGUUUACCAAUCAAUCAAAGGAGCCACAGACUGUUUAGCGGCGUCAAGAUGUUCUCUGUACGCUGGGAAGGAGUUGUUUCUUCUGAUGAUCUCCUUUCUUGCAUAUAUGUAUGUUUGUGUGUGUGUAUGCGUGCGUAAACCUAGAUGAGUAAGCUUUUCGAUUAGGAAAUGUCGAGCGCAAGCGCAGGACGAAGUGGAAGCUACGCACACGCAGCUUUUUCUCGGUCGUGAAAAAGAAGAGAUAGGAAGGCGCGCCAUAGUGUGUGUGGGUACGUAGGGAGAGGUGAGAGGCGGUAAAAUAUGGUACAAGAAAACUCCGAUGCUGAAGAAAAAUGGUAUUGAUAA